AUGUCAUCUGCCAGUGAGUGGAUCAAAUAUUACGAUUUGGAAGGUCACCCUGAAGGAGGCUACUUCAAACAAACAGGAGCAUCUACCCAAAUUAUUAAAUCGUCUACUGGACUCCAGGUUCCAUUAUACACAAAUAUUAUUUUCUUAUUGGAAGACAAAAACCCAUCCAACUUCCAUCAAAUCAAGUCAAACGAAGUAUGGUAUUUCCACAACGGUAGCCCUUUGACAGUACACUGUAUAUACCCUGAUACCGGGAAAUAUGAAAAAAUAAUGCUUGGAAGAGACAUUACCAAAGGUGAAGUAUUUCAAUAUGAGGUUCCUGCUGGAGUUAUAUUUGGUUCUAGUGUUGAAGAAGGAUUCGCAAUAGUAAGUUGUAUGGUUGCACCCGGGUUUGAUUUCAGAGAAUUCAAAUUAUUCAAUGAGCAUGAAUUAUUGGAGACUUACCCUCAACAUAAAGAUAUCAUUAAGAAGUUAACUCCAAAAAAAUAG